UUCUCUGCUGAGUCCCACUCCAGCCUGGAGCAGCACUCAGUGCCAUCCAGGCUGAAAGCAUCGGAGCUAUUUCAGACACAUUAAAAGGGUCACAGUCAAUACCUCAGCUGGUGGAAGAAGGUACCUCUUUCAGCAUCAAAAGGAGGGAUAAGCCUCUGUCGUAAAAAUGUCAAAACAGCCAGCAUCACAUGUCAAAGCCAUUCAGGCUAAUAUUAACAUCCCAAUGGGAGCAUUUCGACCUGGUGCAGGCCACCCUCAUAAAAGAAAAGAACUUACACCUGAGGAAGUAGAGGAGGAUGUUCCUGCUUCAACAGAGGAGGAGAAAGAGAAGAAACUGUUCCCAGGAGCUAAGAAACUUCCAGGUCCUGCUGUCAACUUGUCAGAGAUUCAGAACAUAAAGAGUGAGCUGAAAUACGUCCCCAAAGCUGAACAGUAGCUGGAAGAAGCAGGUCUGACAAGUGAAACUGAAUGGAUUCCAAUGAGUGGAGAAAAUUUCAAAUAUUUUAUAUAUUUGUAUGAAGACUAUAAACUUCCCAACUCUUCAAUACCCCAUAGGAAGUAUCUUCUUUGUACAUUUAUAUCAAUGCUUUCUUGUUUCUUUGCUUUCCUAACAUAGGAAAGUAGUGCUGAAAUAAAACAACUAGCAAUGAAUAUGUGUAUGUGCAGGAAUGAUUUUGACCUGAGAAUGGGGAGUAGUGUAAUUUCAAGUUAGAGCAAAAGUAGGAAAAAACUUCUGAAAUUUACAUCAUUAUUUUCAAUUAAUUUGGUUUCUUUAUUUUUUUGAAAAAUGUUAAUGUGUACAAAAGCAUUUUUAAAUAACUCUCAAAAUGCAGAAUGUCCUGUUGUGAGUUCCUAGUUAUAGAAGAGGAAUCAUGUAUCAUGUGUAAUAAAGGAAAUGAAAAUAUUAAAAGCAAUGGUCUUUCUGGUGAGCUGAGCUAAAUUCUUCUUUUGUUGUAGAGACAGUGUUUAUUUUCCUCCAGAAUCUAAAAUGCACUGCUGUUCUGAUACUUAUGCAUCAUUUUUAUACAAUGAGUAUACAAGAUGUGAGGUAGCUGACAGAAAACCUGCAACCUUUAUUCAAAUAAACAGUCAUCUAGCCUUGAUGGAACAUGUUCAUGAAUAUUGCUUGAAGGAUCAUUAUCUUCAAAAGCUCAGAUCAAAAGGGGACACUGGAAUAUGGAUGCUGGGCAAAAGUAAUGUAUGAUCACAGCACCUCUUACAUGGAGUGAUUAAUCCUUGCAUUAUAUGGACUGUACAUAAAGAAGAUUGAUGCAUAUUCUAUUUUUGGAAAUGAGAUUUUGUUGUUAGAGAAAUUUAAUACACUGUGUCUCCUUGGUCUCUUUUAUGUUACUUACUGUAAAGGGAUAUGAGGAGCUGUUUUUAAUAAUAUUCUUCUAAUGUUGAUUUAAACUAUUCUACAUACUCUUAAACUCUCUCCCUGGCUCUUGUUUAUUCAAAUAAAAUAAAGAUAAUUAUUCUGGUUAGAAAACAGAUUUCAAGUUGAAUAUUGUUUACAAUGACAUCCAUUUAAUUCUCAUUUGCUCUCUCAGAUAAUACAAGAACUAACUGAAAUUAUUUUUGAAUUUUAAGUUUCCAUAUAUUUGCAUUACUUUGUACAGGAAAUUAGAAAGGAGCUGUACUCUCUGCAGCUCAGUUAAAAUGACAUUCUUGUAUUUUUUACUCUGAAUAUGUAAUAUCAACAUUGCUUACUAUCCUGCUUCAUUCUUAUAUGCUCUGAUUUCCCUUAAUGCAUUUCUUGGGCGUGAACAUUCCUGAAUGACAGGCUGAAAUGGAAAUGUCAAGAGAUGGAAUGCAUUAGGAGCACCUUUCAUUUACAUCCUGAUGAGAUUAACAUGUCUGUUCCAUCAAAAAUGAACCCUUUUCCCCAGCACUGCUUUAUCAGUCACUGAUAUUGGACUGCAUUGGUUCUUGCCAGUAUGGAAAUUAUAAAAAGGAGAAAACACAUAAUACCUUGAUCCAAAAGCAUGCCAAAGGUGAGAUGAGUCAGGGCCUUGGCUUUUGUUUUCUUUACUCACUUUAAAAAUACUAAUUUUAGAGAAUUGGGGAAAGGUAAAGCCUCAUUUCUUCCCUCCGUUUAUAGUUAGGACACUUCAUAGUGGAAAUUCCAGGGGAUGGAGAGAGUUGCAACCACUCUCUCCAUACCCUGAAAUUUCCCAGUCUUCACACCUGAAUGUGUAGGUGAAAGAAAAAAAAAAACCAUCCCUGACAGAGAAAUGUGGUUCUUUUGUUCCAGAUUUCAAAUCCUUGCUUCCAAAUGGAGGGGUACCACCAGGGGCCACUGAAACACCUUCACAGGGGGAGGGACCAGUCAGAGGCAAAGAAUACUUUUUCUGAGCUUUGUUUUUCUUUUAAACAAAAAUUUUUACACUCCCUUGAGACUGACAGCUAAUGGGGAGUAGGAUCAGUGAGAACCCUGAGUUAAGUUUUAGGGCUACAAGAAAUCCUUAAUAAAACAUGAAAUUAGCAACCAAAAUCCAUAUUGAAUGUGAUGCCUUGGGAAGGCUGAUCUGGAACAGAGACUAGACAGUGCUAAGAGAAUAAAGUAGGUAUUUAUCAAAAGGCCUUAAAGGAUAUACUUUGGGCAGUACAAGAGCCUGGCCUGGGCUACACCCAUGAUGGACCCAAAAUGGUCACAAAAUGGACAACUGGUCGUGAGGUCUCACAAUUUUAUGUUUUGGUCCAUUUGCAUAUUGGGGUUAAUUGUCCAAUUACAGCUUCAGAUUAGGAAGUCCCAUCCUUCUUGUUUUCUCUCCAGUCCACUGUUGUUUAUACUUUUGGGCCUGAAAACUUGUAACCCUUGUCCUUGGUCUCCAGCAGGAAAAGGAUUGUUUUGUCUACCUACUCUGUGAAGAGAGCUUACUAACACUUAAUGAGGCUGAGAACUACAUCCCUAGGCAGCACAGAAUCUGGAAAACAUGAAAGCUUAAAACUUAGGGCAUCAAAGGUUUUGACCGUAGGGCACACACGGACCAGUGAAAGAUGCCCCCAGCAACUCUGCAGUCUAGUACUUCUGGCAUGGCAAAUUCUAUCCCCCAGAUGUUAGAUUUUGGCACAAAUUUAGGGAAGGAUUGAGGUCUUACAAUGAAGAACAAGCACAGAAAUACAUAAUAACAGAUCAUACUAAAAUCAAGCCCAUUUCCUGUGGUCACAUGGGAGUCUUUGGGGGUAUGAGCCAAACUCACUGGCAGGUGUGUAUUAACACCUCCCUAAUGACUACUGCAAGCAAACACUUCCAGCUGAACCAGAGAGAUGAGCUCCUCUCUACCCCUAUCCCAAACCCAUUCAGUGGGGGGCCUAUGAUAUAAAGCAAAAUACCCAGAUUUCAGUGUCAUCCCUGUGCCCUGGACUCUGUACGGUGCUGGUGUGAGACUAACUCAAAGGGACAGUGCUGCCCCGGUGUCACCAAGCACUGGACAUGAAAGGUGGGGGGAGAGUUUCCUUUGUUAGCUCCCUACCCAAUGCUCUGCACUGUAAUUUUUUUUUUUUUUUUUUUUUUUCCUAAUGCAAAAGAAAGAGAUUUUGUUAAUCUAAGAGAAAUUGCUCAACGAUGUUGUGGCAACAUGUUCUGUUAGAAAAAAACAGAGAUAGGUAUCAUGCAGUGUCCACAGCAAAGGCUGUAGUCUAAUGGGAGAGCAAGACCCCAACACAUUUGGGAAGAGAGUUUUAAUCACUGGCCAGUGAAUGAAAUCACACUCUAAGGACUUCUCUGAUUAUCUGCACAGAAAAGUCCAAACAUAUUUAGCUUAGAGGUAAAGAUUAAGAUAGAGGUAAAAUAAUAAUAAUAAUUGCUGUUACCUGAAAAUUUUGGGGAGUUUGAAUGUAUCCCCAUUGGUUACUCUGGUUUAAUCACUUCCAGUUAAAAGAUUAUAUGCUUUCCGCACUUCUGAGGCAAAAUUUCUCUUAAAACUCUGGAGGCUUGGAUUUAUGCAUUAAUUUAAAUUAUAGAACUAAACUGGCAGUUUUGUCUUUUCUGUUAUGGUGUAAGCUAGUAGUAAAAGCAGGUAGUUAAAAAACAAACAAACAAACAAAAAAACAGUAAAAGCAAAGCCUCCUGUACUGCUUUACAUAAUGUAUCUGUAAAACAUCUGUGGUUACAUGCAAUUGUGUUUAUGGAUGUGAGUACCCCAAAUCAAAGCCUGGAGACACAGCUCACUGAGUUCAAUGGCAUCUCACCGCGACCGUGCUCAGUGUACUCACAAAAGAAGGCAAAGAAGGUCCUUUUAUUUAUCUCUUGUUUUAUGCAGUCUGUAAAUUAUUUAUGAGAAGGCAUUAAAAAAUCUGGCACUUUGGCUAUUUUUUAUUAUUAAAAAAAUUAUGUUGAGAGAAGAGAAUCACAGAAGAUGGUCCAAGGAAAAUAGCUGUAUCUUUUCUUUUGCUUUAGGGUCAAAAUAUUGAAACAAUUUUCUUUUGCCCUUGUGACUAAGUCCCAGUUUCUCUAAUGUGUGCAUAUUUAAUUUGAAUGAGUUUUUGCAGAUUAAAUAAUGCAUUUGGAAGAAAGAUCCUAAUUUUGGUAUAUAGGCUGCCUAGUACUAUUGGUGCAUGAAUAAACACAAAGAACACUUCCCCUAAAGCCAGUUUUUCUGUCCUCAAAAAAUACUGCAGCCCCAAGAUAAAAUAUUCUAUAGAGACAAAAACCCUGAAGGUUGGAUAUAAGCUCAGUCAAAUCUGGUAAAAUCCAGUUUUCCCUUGUCUUUGGAAGAAGUUUAAAGCCAUUUAUAAAAUAAGCCCACUUAUCCAUAUGUUAUGUUUACACCACAUUACU